AGAAGCGAGGCGGCAUCCGCACCCUGGGGGAAGUGGAGCCGGGGCAGGAAGCCGAGGAGUGGCACCGUGGCAGUGAAGGGCUCCUUCGAGGGCGGCUGGCAGCUGGCAUGGCUGCUGCUGCGGACAUGUAACUCCGGGGAACGAGGGCUGAGCCUGCAGCCACCUGGAUGCUGGGCUCUGCGGGGCCCCGCGGAGGUGAACGGCUUCCUGGGGGGCUCUGUGGAGACCACGGCCCCCGGGGACAAGGCGUGGGGGCACAAGGUCUCCCUGCAAGAUGACCCCACUCAGCAUGUGUUUGUGGUGACCAUGGAGAACCUGACAGUGGAGGAUAGGGAUCAGUACUAGUGUGGGAUCCAGGUAGUCUGCACCCCAAACCUGCUUGUCCUGGUCCUGACACCCUCCACUGUGCUGGUGUUGGUUUUGGGCAGCAUCAUCUGCUGCAAGAUGAGAAGAGCAUCGCCGGAGAGGAGCAGAGCAGCCUCAGCUGUGGAAAGGAAGAGGGACAAGGACCUCCAGGUCACUGCAAGCUGGGAGCAAGCAGCUGCUUCCAAUAACAUCUACACGAACAGGGAGUGGGAGCUCAGCUCGCCCGAGGAUGACUAUGAGAACAGCCUGGCCAAGUGGCAGGACUUUGAAAAGGGAGACGAAGUUUCCAUUUCCAGAGCUCCAGAACUGUAG